AUGCAUGGCAUCUCACUAGACAUCAUAUCCCAUCGGCUCAGCAUUAAUCAUGUCGUCCGACCAGUUCGGCAGAAGCGUUGUGCGUAUGACCUAGAGCGAUAUGAGGCCAUGAGGGCAGAGGUGGAUAAGUUGUGCAGCAUCGGAUUCAUCAAGGAGGUGGACUAUCCCACCUGGCUGGCUAAUGUGGUGAUGGGCUGCAAACCAAAGAGGGGCUGGGGCAUGUGUGUUGACUACACCAAUCUUAAUCGGGACGCCACGGCUGGCCACAUCCUUCUUAGCUUAAUGGAUGCUUACUCUAGGUACAACCAGAUCUUCAUGCACCCUGAUGACCAAGCCCACACCUCAUUCAUUACGGAUCGUGGUCUAGACUGCUACAAGGUGAUGCCCUUAAGGCCUUAUGAACAACCUCUUCGUCCAACUAAUUGGCAACACCAUGGAGGUUUAUGUUGA